AUGGAGAUGCUUACAGUACCAGCGGACAAUUCGACCGAUACUCCGGCUCAGAUCAUCCCGGACACCUGCCACAAAGUCUGCAGCCAUGCCGCGGUCGAAGCAGGCCCCAACCCCAGAGACUGGACGAUCUGCAUCAUCGAUUCCACCCUACAAGUCAACUCCGCCAACUGUCUAGGCUGUAUUGUUCGCGCCAUCUCCUCUGACGAACCACUCACCUACACGCAAUCCGACGCCGAGAUCCUAUCCACCCUGCGAGCCUGGCGCGACUUCUGCCACGACUGGGAUGACGGCUACUUAACUACAGCGGUCGAUGAUAUAAGUCUCAUCAUCGGCGAUUCGGACUCGGUCGUUGCUCUUCCUUCUUGUCCGGCCGUUCCACAGGUCACGCAGACUCGGGAAUUGCCGUUCUCGACCUCGUGUAUGGGCACGUAUUCGUCGUCGUCUUUUGUCUGGCCGGCGUCGACCAGCUCGCAGGUCGUGGUUGGAACGGGGUCCGAGUCCACGGCGACGGCGACGGCGACGACUACGCCUGCACCUACUUCGGACGCCGGGGCUGCUCAUGAGACGAGGUCGGAGACGGCAACAGGGGCGGCGAGUUUGAGCGUUGUUGGCUUUGCGCCGGCGCAGCUGUUGCUGCUGGUGUGGGUGUUACUCUCGGCUUGGUGA